AUGGACUACAAUGAUAUCAAACCGUUCGCUUAUCUUAUAGUCAUAAUUAUUGGAAUUCUAGGAAAUUUCGCUGCAUUUCUAGUCUACAGAACACCACAAAUGCGAAAAUCAACGGUAUGUGUUUUUUUAAUGUAUUAUAGCUACAGUAACACCAUGAGAUACUGUAGUGAUAUACAGUAUCUUCGAAAACAAUUGGAGAGAAAUAUUGUAAAUUUUAAAUUUUCUUUUGAAAAAAUGGAAUUAUUUGAAACAAAAAUCCUUACAAUUACAAUUUGUUGAGACCUGACACAUUUACCUAGCGAUUUAUUGAUUCCCGACUCCCCCGUACCUGAAAACCAUCUCUUCCCGAACCUUUCGAUUUUCCAGGUUGGCAUAUUACUUCUAAUUGUCUCAGUCAUUGAUGUCAUUCUAUCAAUCCUCUCUCUUCCAUUAUUCUCCCUUAUCAAUCUUCCAGUUUGGCCCAACAAAUUCCAGCCAAACUCACCGCACGCUAUUUUUAGCAGCAUUAUUUCCUGCUAUUUAUAUCCGAUUUGUAUGAUGGCCAAAAGUUCGAGCUUGUAUUUUCUGGUUUUGAUCACAAUUGAACGAUGGAUUGCAGUAUGCAGGCCUUUGCAGGUAAUAACGGAAAUGAAAAAUAAAAAUAAAUUGUUGUUUCGUUUAGGCCAAGAUUUUGUGCACAAAUCGAAAUACUUGUCGCGCGGGAAUAUUUAUAGUUAUCUACUCGAUCGUCUUUAAUAUUCCAAAGUUUUUCGACUAUACUUAUGAGUAAGUUCUGUUUCCGCUAAAUUUAAAUCAAACUUUGUUUAAUUCCAGUGCAAAAUACGAAUGGCAAUUAUGGAUGUUAAGCCCAGAGAAGCAUUUCUGGUUCUUCUUGACUUUUUACGGUAUCCUUUCAGUUCUAUUUGAUUAUCUUAUUCCAAUUAUGAUUAUGGUUAUUGCAAAUUAUUGUGUUAUUCGAGAAUUGCGACGAAAUGACGUCACAAUAACAACUUUGAAUGUGCAAAAACGGAAAGAGCAGAACACGACAGUUAUGUUGUUAGUGGUCACAAUUAUUUUCACAAUUUGUCAUUCGGUUGGAGGAGUUUUUAAAAUGAUUGAGAUUAUUUGUGGAAGAUUUAUGUUGAAUGGGGUGAGUUUGGGGAAAGAGUUUAAAGUGCCACGUGGCAACUCAAAAGCACAAGGAAUUUUAAAAAUAAGUUUGAAAUGAAAACUUUUUUAAAUGAUAAAAAUAUUCUGAAAUUCAUUUUUUUUCCGAAAUCUGAAAAUUCUCCCACGUGGAAUAAAAUUAAUCAUUACAAAAAAGUUCACUUGAAACUCAAAAACAUAUUUUUCUCAUCAAUAAAUUAUUGAUUUUCUUCCAGUUCUACUUAUAUUUCGCCGAUCUCACUGUUUUUCUCAUUGUUCUUCACACUUCUUCCACAUUCUUCCUCUACUACGCAUUUUCGGGCAAAUUUCGCACAAUAUUUUGGACUGUUAUCAAAUGUCGAAACAAAUAUAGCGAAGAUUUCACAAAAUUAUCAAUGUUUUAUCCAUCAGCUCAAACAUCAAUGAUAAUUGAAACAAAACGAAAAUUGACGAAGAAAGAGAAUUUUGUCUGA